AUGUGUCGCGCGACGACCCACAUCUUCUUCGGCUUGCCCAUCCGCACCUGGUCGCUCGUUCCCGCCGCCGACGCCUGGCCGAAGCUCGUCAAGACGCUCCCCUUCUUCGACUUGGUUACGUUGCGUAUCCUCGACGGGACCUUCCGGGCUCCGAGGAAGGCAGACGCCGGACCUUCUGCAGUCGAGCGGGUUCCAGUCGAGGUUUGGGACGUCGUCAAGCACAAGCUCGUCGACCUUGAGCUGCAGGGUGCCAACGACCAGUUCAUGCGCGACAUCGGCGUCAACGACUGGAGCUGCUGGGGCUCGGGUCUGCGCAGACCUGGCAAAUUGCUCGCAGGUUCCGCUCUUCCGCCUUUCUGGACCGACAUUUGCAGCGAGGCAGAGCCCUGCAUCAUGUGCGGCGACGCCAUCCUUCAAGUAAGGAUCGUUUCGAUCUGGCAGGGGAAGGCGGAAGAGAGGCUGCAAAGUCUGCUUCAAGCCUUCGGAUUGCAUGCUCCUGUUCGACAGACAAUCGUUCGCGCCGACAAGAACUGGGUUGACCUAAGCUCAGCUACCUACGUCGCGCUGCUGCUACCUCCCGAGCAGAACAAUCCCCUCGAGGCAGACUGCGGCGGUGACAGGUUCCCAGACCAGCAAAACUUUCUGCACAUCAACCCCGAGAUGAUGACGAAGCUUGCACGCAACGGCCGUGAACGCUUUCGCAAGAUCAUCCACGACCUUCACCUCGAGCCGCUCUCGAUGAGGGCACUCCCUUCAGAGCCAUCGAGCCCGAGAGUACCGCCACCGCCCAACCAGCACUGGUACUUCAGGCGGGAGUUUACCGAGAUCACGCCGACGGAGGCGAACCCAGCGUGGACGAUUCAUACGACCUGCGAAAUGCUCUGGUGA